GAGCCAGGGUUCCAUGCUGCUGGAGAUCUCAUCAUUGGGGGGAUUUUCCCAAUGCACUACAGAGUGGAGCCACCAGACCAGAACUUUACUCACAAACCAGCUAUUGUACAAUGUCAUGGAUUUGACCCCAGAUCUUUCCGCUGGGCCCAGACCAUGAGGCUGGCUGUUGAAGAGAUCAACCAGAGUCAGAACCUGCUGCCGAACCACACAGUGGGAUAUAAGAUCUAUGACUCCUGCACAACUCCUGUGACAGCACAGGGGGCGGUUCUGGCAGUUUUGAAUGGACCUGGUAAAGUCAAUGAAUCUCUGUGUUCUGGUGCAUCUCCUCUUUUGGCCGUGGUUGGAGAAUCUGGAUCUGCACAGUCCAUUGUUCUCUCCAGGUCUCUGCAGCCCUUCAGUAUUCCAAUGAUCAGUUAUUUUUCAACAUGCUCAUGUCUCAGCGACAGGAAAAAAUUCCCAACAUUUUUCAGAGUUGUCCCUAAUGAUGACUACCAGGUUAAAGCCAUCGCUCGCCUUCUGCAGCAGUUUGGAUGGACGUGGGUUGGUGUGGUCCUCGAGGAUCAUGACUAUGGCAAGUUUGCUCUCCAGGGUCUCAUGAAAGAAAUCAAAAACACAGGUGUGUGCUUGGCCUACCACGAAAUGAUCCCCAAAGUGUACAGCCGAGAGAGAAUCCUUGACAUCCUUGAUGUGAUGAAACACUCCACUGCAAGGGUUGUGGUGGUGUUUUCUGUUGAGGGGGAGCUCUACCCGUUAUUGAGAGAAUAUAUGAAUCAGAACAUCACUGGGAUUCAGUGGAUCGCCAGUGAAGCCUGGGUAACAGCCUCCCUGUUCACGGGAAGUGAGUUUUACCCAUUUUUGGGUGGCACCAUAGGAUUCGCCAUCCGUAAAGGGAAGAUUCCUGGACUCAGAAACUACCUGAUGAGUGUGGACCCUCUGAGGUACCCCAGUAACCCCCUGGUGCAUGAGCUGUGGGGUGCUUUGUAUGGUUGCUCUCUCUACACCUCCAACAGCACGACCCAGGUCUCCUCCCAGCUGCCCCCCUGCUCAGGACAAGAGCCCCUGCAAGAGAAGCACUCUGCUUACCUAAACACUUCUAGCCCUCGUGUAGCCUACAAUGUGUACAAAGCUGUGUACGCCAUUGCUCACGCCCUGCACAGCCUCAUCAGCUGUGAGCCUGGGAAAGGACCCUUCCAAAACUCCUCAUGUGCUGAUGCCACAAACAUUCAUCCAUGGCAGCUUCAGCACUAUCUUCAGGAGGUCUCCUUCACCAUUUCUGGAGAAGAGGUGAACUUUGAUGAAAAUGGGGAUAUUGUUCCAUCUUAUGAUCUGAUCAACUGGCAAAGAGGUGCAGCUGGAAAUAUUGAAUUUGUCACUGUUGGAAUGUUUGAUGGUGCAAAGGAGGCUGGGAAGGAGCUCUUCAUCCAGGAGGAUGCGAUCGUGUGGGCGGGCCAUCAGAGUGAGGUGCUGGUGUCUGUGUGCAGUAACAGCUGUGCUCCAGGAAGCAGGAAGGCAGUCCGUCGUGGGGAGCCUCUUUGCUGCUUUGAUUGUGUACCAUGUGACAGCGGGAAGAUUAGUAAUAAGACAGAUUCAAUAGAUUGCUCACCCUGUCCUGAAGAUUUCUGGUCCAAUGUGGCCAGAACAGAAUGCAUACCCAAAGCAGUUGAAUACCUCACCCAUGAUGCAAUGGGGCUGACCUUGACUGUUAUAGCUGUAGUAGGAGCCUGCCUCACUAUUGCUGUUCUGGCAGUGUUCCUCUACCACAGAAACACUCCAAUUGUCAGAGUCAAUAACUCAGAGCUGAGCUUCUUCAUCCUGCUCUCUCUGAUCCUGUGCUUCCUGUGUGCGCUGCUGUUCAUUGGAGAGCCCACACCAUGGUCCUGCAUGCUGCGCCAUACUGCCUUCAGCAUCACUUUCUCCCUCUGCAUCUCCUGUAUCCUGGGGAAGACUCUGGUAGUUCUGGCUGCCUUCACAGCCACCAGGCCAGGAAACAACAUCAUGAAGUGGCUGGGACCCAAACAGCAGAGGGUCAUCAUCUCUGCCUGCACCUUUGUACAAGUGAUAAUCUGUGCAGUGUGGCUGAUCACUGCCCCUCCAUUCCCCUACAAAAACACCCAGUACCAAAGGUCCAGAAUAAUCCUGGAGUGCAGUGUAGGUUCUGACCGAGCCUUCUGGUGUGUUUUGGGAUACAUUGGGUUUCUGGCUGCUCUGUGCUUUGUCCUGGCAUUUUUGGCUAGGAAGCUCCCAGGCAAUUUUAAUGAGGCCAAGUACAUCACCUUCAGUAUGUUGAUCUUCUGUGCUGUGUGGCUGGCUUUUAUACCAGCUUAUGUCAGCUCACCUGGAAAGUUCACAGUAGCUGUGGAGAUCUUUGCAAUUCUCGCAUCUAGUUUUGGUCUGCUACUGUGCUUAUUUGCUCCAAAGUGUUAUAUAAUUUUACUGAAGCCCCAGAAAAAUACCAAACAACAUCUCAUGGGAAAAGUGGUUACCAAAUAA